UGACAGUGUAUAUCGUCGAGCAUUGUGUAAAUAUAUUGAAAAGGAGAAAAUUAAAUUCACGUCGGAAGCAUUGGUCCCCGAAAGGCGUAGAAUCGUUUUUUCCACGUGUUGCGUAUUUAUGUGAUGAGAAAUAACGAAAAUGAAGGGAGAGGUGAUUGACAUCGAGAUACCAACGGAUUGCGAUUCGUCAGUAAUCAGGGAGAAUAUGCACAGCGAGGACUACGGUGUCGAAGCGGAAUUGACGAGUCUUACGUGGUUGCAAUCGCUCGAUAUUACGAGUGCUUCUAAUUUACCAACGCCACCCUGUUCUCCAUCACCGCCCCCUGUGACCAGACAAGCGAGGAAAAAACUAUCGCCUCUAAUUAAGGCAGAAUUAGAUCUAGCUGAAAAUGCUGAGAAGUAUCGGAGCGAUCCCGACGCAAAACCACCAUUCUCCUACGCUACGAUCAUAUGUUUGGCGAUGCGUGCGAACAACAAUAAAGUAUCCCUCUCGAACAUCUACGCAUGGAUUCGAGAGAACUUUCUAUUUUACAAGUACGCCGAUCCGGCAUGGCAGAACUCUAUCCGCCACAAUCUAUCAUUGAACAAGUGUUUCGUGAAGCUGCCACGCUCGAAGGACGAACCAGGAAAGGGUGGUUUCUGGAAGUUAGAUUUAGAAAGAAUGGAAGAAGGCAGGAAAUCAAAACGACGCGCGACGAUAUCUCAACGAAUCCGUGGAUCGAAGAAGCAAACCCCGGUGACGACGAUGAUAAUAAACAAUGGACAAAAUAAUUGUGCGCCAGCGAUCAGCUGUUUAUCGACGCUCUACGAGACUCCGCCUAGCAGCGUAUCGCCUCCAAUUUCAGACUGUCUUUCAGAAAUUCCCGAUUCCACGCAAGUUAGUUUAAGCGAAGACGAUCUAACCGGUUUGCUAAUCGCCACCGCGGGCUGGGACGAGAAUCAGCUGGAUCUCCUAGACUCCCUACUUGAUACUCUUUAAAAUUAAUCGAUUCUUUUUUCUUUUUUUACAUGAGCUCAGAAAAUAUUUUUUAACGAAAAUACCAAGUAUUGAUAUCGAAUUGGUAUAGUCUCGUAGUUUACGCGUUUUCGAUCACCGUCGUGAACGUAAGACGGAUUUAAGUACAUAUGUACUCGUGUGACCUUUGUAUUUGUAUGCAGUCUGAGAUUUCGAUGUUACACAAUUGAGAGAGUUAUCGAUUAAUCGGACAUGGGCAAAUUUUAAUUGAAAUGAAAGUGAGAAGCAACAAAAGUAUUCGCGAUAAUUUCUUUUGGUAUGAAAGUAAUAGCUAUUUCAAGUAAUGAAUUAUUCCGUUAUUUUUUCAUUUCGAAUUUGACAAAAAACUCGAAGUAACGUUCGUUAAAUAGUUUAACUAAUUUUGAAAAACAGUAAAGAUUUAUUUGAUAAUAUAUAUUAUUAUUUAUUUUAUUUGAAAUAGUAUAAUUCCGAGAGUGCCCAGGUCUGCAAUUAAUGGACACAAAGUACACAAUUUAUUCUGAUCGCUGCAAAUUGUGAUUUUGCGUAAACGAAACAAAAAGUACAUACGUAUACAAGUACUUCUAUCUAGUUUGUAAAAUUAACGAUUUGUUAAAUAUUGCAUUACCUAAGUUGAGAAUUAAUGGGGAUAAUAUAUCGUCGAUAUAUACCGAUUGAUUAGCGUUUAUAUACUUAUUUGCUUCGAAACACCAAUCUAUUAUGAAUUACGUAUACAUGUGUAAUAUAUUAUGAUAGAAUAGAAUUUGAAUUUUACACAGUGAAUUAUUAAUAUUAUCAAGCAUGUAUAUUUGUAUUCACAAUAAAAUAAUUAUGACAAGAUAACAGA